AUGGUCGCUAUUAACGGUACUGCUGAAGAAGCUGUCGACAAUAACGGUCACGUGAGCAAUGCGGAGGGAAAAGAAGGUGAAAAAACGUCGGAAAAGCAGUCUGAUGAUGAGGAUGCGGCUAGCGAGGGUGCACGUGGCAGUGAAAACGAAAGCAGCGUUGCUAGUGAGAAUGAAGAAGAAACAGCAGAAGUAAGUGGUGAUGGUGAAUAUGAACUCGAUAGGGAAGAGCCGGCUUCCCCUUCUGCACACGAAUGGAAGAUUAUACUGAUGAAGGCAGAGUUUGCGGAGAUUCCUCCCAAGGCUCUUGUCGUCAUGAUACCGUACAUAACCGAUAAUGUGCUGGAUAAGCUGGAUGAACCUCAUAAAACAGCGGAUUUCUUUUUCAAGGCUUUUGACAAAGGCGACAUGUUUGCGAUUCUCUCCCUUGCGGCAAUUUUCAAACUAAUAGUGUAUCAUAACUUUGAAUAUCCUAACUUUUAUGACCAUGUAUAUUCCCUAACAAAACCAUCGGUGUUGUAUUUGGAUCAGAAGGAGAAGUUCAUAAUGCUACUCGAUAAGUUCCUUUCGUCUACGCAUAUUCCUAACUACAUUGUUGCUGGUUUUGCGAAACGCCUCUCACGGAUGCUUCUUCUUGCUCCUUUGGAUGCUCAAGAACCAGUUCUAGGGCUUAUAAGAAAUCUACUCACCCGGCAUCCUAUUGUUUCCUCGCUUAUUCAUCGCGAUCAACCAGAGACCUUGCCUGCUGAUCCUUACAAUGAAAACGAGACUCGGCUAAGUGAAUGUGGCGCUAUGAACAGUUCUUUGUGGGAAAUAAGGAGCCUCCAAAAGCACUGGCAUACAAAUGUAGCGAAAAGGGCUAAUUUUGUUGACAAGAAGUUACAAGAGAUGGAAUCGUUUGUGCGAUUUCGAUGUCAGGAUGAGUUGUUCUCCAAUAUAAUGGGAAGGCCCUUCGGCAGUGAAGGAGCUAACGAAAAGGAGAAGUACAGUCGAGCACAGGAUGGGUCAGAUGAUGAAGAGUCCGAGCCAAAGAAGAAAGUACAAAAAAGAGGGAAAUUUGCGAAGAAGCAUGAGCGUGUGCUUCUUCCUAACAGGCUCUGUUUUCUAGGGUUAUUACUUACAAUGAACUUGAACAGCCCUCAUCCUUCGGUAUUAGGUAGUUUGGGAGAUACUGUGCUAGGCUUCGCCUACCAAUUGUUCGUAAUUGAUGUUCGAUUUGGGUACAUAUUUGAAUCUGAACACUUUUCAGGGGGACAUGGUGGUCCUGGAUCUGUGCUUGGCCAACAUGGCGGUCCAGGUUCGGUCUUGGGCCCCGGAUCCAUCAUGGGGCCGUCUAGCAUAGUCGGACCUAACAGUUUGCUUGGUCCUUCGUCAAUGAUUGGCGGAUCUCAUCAAGGUCACAGCAUGAUGCACAGUAAUCAAGGCCCAGGCUCCAUGGUUGGGUUUUCUUCAGUGGACCGUGGAAGUAAUAUGAACCUGAACAUCAACCCCUCAUCUGUCGUCAACGUUGGUGGCAAUCCUGGAUCUGUAUUUCAGGACAUGAACCCUGGUUCCGUAGGCCCGAAUCUAGCUGUGCCCAUGACACCUCUAAAUUUCGAACAGCAAAGUUAUCGAGAUGCGAACCACAUGCCAGCAUCGAAUUUACCAGCAGCAAUGAUGCCAGCCACACCGGCAAGUGCCAUUGACAUUCCGAUGCCGACGUUGCAAAACAUUGUGUCUACAGUUAAUCUUGGCGUUCCACUUGACCUGAAAAAGAUUGCGCUACAUGCACGUAAUGCCGAAUAUAAUCCAAAACGUUUUGCGGCUGUAAUUAUGCGUAUUCGAGAGCCGCGAACUACGGCACUCAUCUUUUCUAGUGGUAAAAUGGUGUGUACAGGGGCCAAGUCAGAAGAUGCUAGCAGGCUUGCUGCCAGGAAGUAUGCACGAAUUGUCCAGAAAUUAGGAUUCGAUGCAAAAUUCACAGAAUUCAAGGUGCAAAAUAUGGUAGGAUCGUGUGAUGUCCGAUUUCCCAUUCAACUAGAAGGUCUCUGUGUGACGCACACUCAGUUCAGUACUUAUGAGCCUGAGCUUUUUCCUGGAUUGAUCUAUCGAAUGGUUAAACCUCGUGUCGUUUUGCUGAUCUUUGUUUCGGGAAAGGUUGUGAUUACCGGAGCUAAAUUCAAGAAAGAUAUCGACGAUGCCUUCAGCCAGAUCUAUCCAAUCUUGAAAGGAUUUAAGAAGUAG